GCUUCUGGAGUUCUAAGUCUAUCGAGUAGUACAAGACUGAAAAUUAGUACCAACCUUUUUUAUCUGUUUGAUAUUCUUUAAUAAUCCAAAGUCCACCACCAAGUAUGCACGAGCUAGAGUCGCCUGAGGAAUGCAGGCCAAGAACAGGCUGACCCAGCGCCGUCUUUAUCCAGCAAGGAAGCUUCAUCCCUUACAAUGGUUCGAGUUUCAUUGGUCUUAUUGGUUCUGGGUUCUGUUUUGAUCGGGUGGGCCUGCUCUCACCAGGAGUCGGGUGAGUGGAUCUGUGAGUCCGACGCGGGAAUCCGAGUGCAAGCCGAGUUCAGGCCCGGACUUGUCACCCUCGAUGGCCACGCCGACGAUUGGAAGGACAUUGAUGGCUUCGAAUUCUCUCUUCUUCCUGCUCUGGACCCGGAUGAGGAUAAAGAGUAUAAAGGUGGAAAAAUGACCGUUAAGGCGUUGCACGAUGGUAAAGACGUGUUCUUCUUGUUGCAAGUUGAUGGGAACUAUGCCUACUCAAAAAGCAAUAACAAUAAAUGCCCAUCCGUGGCUCUCAUGUUUCCAAUCGGUGACCAUGCUGCCUAUCACAAUAUGGGUGGCUGUAAGGAAGGAACUAAUUCUUGCACCAACAAAACUUGCAAAGGUCACGAAGUUGACAUUAUGCACUUUUCAAUUGGAAAUGCUAUUCCUGGACGGCUCUAUGGUGGGAAUCCAAUGGACAAUGGAGAUGGAAAUGGUGGUGACAGGUUUGGUAAUUUGGUUGAUCUAUAUGCAUGGAAUCCACACUGUAGAUUUAUUGAUGGAACUGGUCCUUCAGGAGAUUAUUCUAGCGCACAGAAUGAUUGGAAGGGAGCAUGGUGGCACACUACCUUUACUGAUCGUUCAGGUUUUGUAGAGGAAGAUAGUCCUUAUGGUUCUGAUGGUCAAAAAGGCAUCUAUUUUUUUGAAUUCUCUAGGCCUCUGAGAACCAUGGAUCGUCUCCAGCAGGAUGCUCAGUUUACUAUUAGUGGAUCAAGCAAGAUGUCUGUUGCAUUCUGGUAUCCUGUUGAUGGGAAUCCAUGGUAUGGAUCCAGCCACUAUUCUGUCAACUGUGAUUGGAUACCAUUGGAUAUCUCUCCUGGGAGUUCAACAUUAACCACGUCAUCACCAGGCAGCUGGGGAGACGUUGCGAGUGCCUUCGCCCUUCUAUUUUCAGUUGUAUCUGUAUGCCUCUCUGUUUUUGUGGGAUAUAGACUUGCUAGACCGAACGGUCUCCAUUUUACACCCAUGGGAAUAACCAUGGAGAAUCGUUAGGAUUGCAGCUUGGUUCUGGGAUUGUACUACUAGGUCAAGGUUGUACUAUUAUUAUUAUUUUUUUUUUGGAUCAGAGUUAAGGGGUAGGGGUAUGGGAAAAAGAUUGUUGCAAAAUGGGGCAUAAACACCCAGUCUUUUGUUUUUUAAAGCAUUUUUCAGAAUUUCUGAACUUCAUUAACAUUGUUGAUUUUCUAUAAAUUCAACUAUUAAAAUAAAUUAUUUCAUUGAAAAUUA